UCCCUUUUCUGUAAACUCUCUCCAUCGAUCUGCUACUUGCGCAGACGCACGCAGUCGAGGUUGCAAGGCGACGGAGAGACAAAGGGAGUUCCCUCACAGGAAGCGCUGACACCGGGGCUGGAGGGGUCGACCUCUGCUGGUCAGGCGACGGGGCUUGCUGGACUUUUCGACCGACCCCCCCAACUAUUUUGUGUCAUUCCCAAUCUCUGUCUUCUCUCCAAAGCGACAAACGGCAUGCAGCGAUAGGACGAGGCGGGGUUUACUGCAAGAGCUUGGGAGGUGUCGGGGGCCCCUCGUAGUGUUACGACAAUAUGGGAGCUUCCGGGAGCAAAGCGCGGAGGCCGUUGACGAAGGAAGGGCGCUUGGCGGGCACGAAGUUCGAUGAUGUCGAGCUGCACGUGAUCAGCCUGACAUACAAGGACCUAGCAGGACUGUCCAAGGGAGACAAGGGCGGAGAGUCUAUCGACAAGGCCACAUUUCUGCAGAACUUUCCCGUACCGGGGCUCGUUGGAGACCGCUUGUUCCACGCUCUGGACAGCAACAAGUCCGGGCGAAUAUCCUUCGAUGAUUUCGUGGUCGGGCUGGCGGUGUGCUGCCGAGGGACCCUGGAAGAGAAGAUGCGGUUCCUCUUCGGGGUAUACGACAUGAACGAGGACGGCUUGAUCGGAAGGGACGAGCUCUUGCUAAUGCUCAACCAGGUGCCUCGCACGCUCCUGAACAUCGGCAUAGAACCGGUAGACAGGUCUGCUCUUGACUGGGACUCCCGCACCCUGGAUGGCGAAACUAAGACCACGGGGUACGGCCUAGACCCCGCCCUAGCCAUGACGACGCCUCGUGUUGGAAGCUACAGCCGUGGGGAUGACUUUUUCGGCGGGGGGGCGGACGAUGGUGCACCGCCCUCGAUGUCUUCUGGUCGAGGGAGCAGGCGUGGGGGAGGGGGCGCGAGUUUGGCGGGGGGUUACGUCACUCCCCCCGCGGAUAAGGGGCCGAGGUCAAUGUUUACGAACGAGGGUAUUGCGGAUCAGGCCCUCAGGGAGUUUGGCGAGGGGAGCGACAAAUCGCUGACUUUCGACCAGUUCCAGCGCUGGGCACAGUCCACGCCGGCGGUGCAAGCUCUGUUGCAAGGAGCUUUUCCCUCGGACGCACACUUCUCCUUGGCAACAUCUCCAUCGGCUCGUCGUUCAACGUGCGAAACCCUGACCACGUUCGAUUCUCCCCACAGAAGCAGCGCCGUUUCCGCUCUACCUUUCACCACCCCUCGGAGGACGCGGGAGUCGAAGUCCGCCGCCACAGCUAUCUCUUGCGUGGCCGCCUGGUCGGCCUCUGCGUCUGCACGCCCGGCUUCGAUGGGCGGCGGCGGCGGCGGCAGCAGCAGCAGUAGCGGCGGCGGCGGUGGCGGCAGGCAGGCACCGCCGUUGAGGCUGCGGUCUAUGGGCGGAGAGGAGGCGUUCUUGAGCUCCAUCGGGGACGGGGGCGGCGGUAAGCAGCAGCAGCCUCCCAUGGGUUUGAAAACACCGUCGCGAACCUUGAGUCGCAACACAUCGUACGGCAACCUGCUGCGUUCGCCCUUGGUAGGGCAUGGACUCAGGGGGCCCGCGGCGAUGAGCCCCAGGCCUAGGGGGUUCUUCAACGCGGUGGGAGGGCCGGCGGGGGCCGGAGACGGGGGGGGGGUGACGGCUACUGCGAAGGGGAGGGGUUCGGGGGGCGAGGAGUCGUUACAGACCCCGAGGCCGGGAGCGUCCGGUGUGGGGCGGACUUGGGGGGAAGACGAGCUCAGGAGAGCUGACGGCAGGAAGGGCGGCGGCGGCGGGGUUCGGAAAGAGAGGGAGAGAAACAUCCCGCCGACUCCGAUCACCACGGGCAGGACCAGGCGCAGGACGCGGUCCGCAUCCGGGUUGGUUCCGGCGCUCCGCCGCGGGCAGAGCGGGAGCGUCGCCACCCCCGGCUUGACGGUCGACGGACCCUCUUCCACCCCCGGCCGUCCGACUGCUGCGACCGUCGCCGCCGCCGCCGAUGCAGGUGCCCGGACCUUUGGACGGCAGAGCAUAAGCCCCAGCAGAAUGGAAUAUGGCGCUGGUGGUAACAGCGGUGGCGAUGAUGUAGCGGCGGCGGGCUCUCGGCCAUCAAAUAGCCCUCGUGGUUCCGCCAGCGGGGCGGGCGGCGACGCGGGCCCGCCUCCCAAGACCCCUGCACACCCUCGCGGUGGUGGCGACGCCAACUCCGACAGGCCCACCCCACACGGCACCGCGCGGGCGACCCGCAAGGCGAAGAAGCUUGUGGUGAUGGCGGAGGCGGCGGCGGCGGCGGCGGCGGAGACGGCGGCGGCGGCGGAGACGGCGGCGGCGAAUAUGUCGGCGGGGGGCGCCGGCGCCGGCGCCGGCGACGACCAGCAGCCCGGCACUCAGGCCCUGUUGGCGCUCGCAAAUGCCGCCGCGGUCGGCGUGCCCCCCCCCACGCACGCCCCCACAAGGGGAAGGAAGCUGAGGCGCUACCUGAGUCACGACGCGGGGCCUUCGGAUGGUAGCAGCCCCGCGGCUAGUAACGGCACGGCGAGGGCGAGGGGGUUCAUGAGGAUGAACAGCAGGCAGGGCCCAAGCAUGCAGCCCCCGGGCAGUGUUCCACGCAUGGGCAGGAAGAAGAUGGCGUUACGGCGGCUGAACUCCCUCUCCGCGGCGGCGUGGGGUGCGAGGGCAGAGAGCGUGUCCGACAGCGGCAGCCGCUCGCCGCCGCCGCCGCCGCCGCUCGGUGGCCGUAGCGUGCCGGCGCUUGGCGGUGCCGGCGGGGCACCGGCCGCCUCGCGAAACGCUCCGACCAACCCUGUGCCCGCCACCGCCACCACCGACCCAGCAUUCGCCGCCACCACUGCAAGCGGCGGCGGCGGCGGCGGCGGCAGUGUUCCUACGGCCAGCGUAGCGUCGCCGAUGACUGACUCGUCUCCACGAGCGCGAGCGAGCGACGCGAGCGGUAGCCGCAUUUUCAGCAGCCCGGGCUACGGCAAGAAGGACCCCGCCGCCGCCGCGGUCCCCGCGAGGGAUCCCGUCGCGGUGAUAGACCAACAACGUAGGGGCAUGGUCGGAGACUCCCCCGCCCACGGCGCCGGCGGUGGCCACACAAGAGCUAGCGUGAGCGAAGGCGGCAACGGCGCCGCCGCCACCGCCGCCUCGGUGGCGAGAGUACCGCCGCCGAUGCCGAACACCAUCGUCCUGCCGUCGACAGAGGUGCAGCUCGGCCUCCCACACUCGAACAUCUCUCCCCUCUUGAAGGCCGAGCGCGGCGUGUUUCCGUUCGUGCCCGACGGGGCGGAGAAGGACAAGGGGGAGGAGGCUCUGCAGGCGUCGGCGGGGGCGGAGGAGGUGGUGCGCGACUGCCUGUACAACAGCCACGGCAUGGUCGCCCUGGACGGGUACCUCUGGAAGCCCGGGUCGAUCCGGCUGGUCCGCCGCUGGAUGAUGCUCGUGGACAACACUCUGUACUACUUCGUCAAGCCCGGGGAUCGAAAAGCCAGAGGCGUUAUCUCUUUGCCGGGGUGCAUCGCGGAGGCGGUGUCCUCGGACGAACAAGAACCAGCGGGGGAAGAUCUUUCCGCUAGGAAGGAGAAGGAGCCUCGCAAGUCCCGCGUGCCCAAUGGGUACUACGGUCUCAGGCUUUUCCGGCCGAACCACCACGGCAAGGACAGCAACGCCCGGCUCUUUCUGGCCAAGACCGCCCAGGAACGCGACGAGUGGGUGGCAGAGCUUCGGGUGGCGUCGAGGGUGGUGCCUUUGGAAGACAUCUUCGAGAUCAAGGCGUUGCUCAGGAAGGGGGCUUUCGCGUCUGUGCAUCGCUGCGUCCGCAAGGACACCCAAGAAGAAUUUGCGGUGAAGGUCAUCGACAAAACCAGCCUCUCGUCCCACGAAAAAUUUCUCUUGCGCGGAGAGAUAGGUGCCCUGAAGCUCGUGUCGCACCCCAAUGUUGUCCGGCUUGAGGCUGUCCACGAGGACCCCCGGUCCAUCGCGAUCGUCAUGACUCUCUGCAGAGGCGGAGACCUAUGGGACAAGGUGCGGUCGCAACCAUCUCGGUGCUUCACCUCGAGCCAGGCCAGGACUGUCAUGAGGCCGCUGUGCGAGGCUGUCUUGUAUCUCCACACGCUCGGCAUCUUGCAUCGCGACAUCAAGCCGGAGAACAUCUUGCUUGUGGACGAUGGAGACGGCAAUCUAGGAGGGGUCACGCUGUCCGACUUUGGCUUUUCGCACCAAGUGUCGCCCAAGUCGCGGCUCGCCUGCGGAAAGCAGCUGAUGGGCACUCCCUCGUACAUGGCCCCCGAGUCCAUCUUGCACGGCAUGUACGGCAAAGAGGUCGACUGGUUCUCUUGUGGCUGUGUGCUGUACAUGAUGCUCAUGGGUCGAGCGCCUUUCGCGGGUAACAGCCCUUCCGAGAUCUUCCGCAACACGUGCCACGGCCGCCUGGGGCUCGGCAGGGGCGGCGCGUCCCUGUGGGACAAGCUCCCGGCGGCGGCGCGUGAGCUCAUCGUCGGCCUCAUGCAGCUUGACCACAACCUGCGAUUCACCGGCGAGCAGGCGAUGGAGCAUCGGUGGCUCGCGACCUCCGCCGAUGAGGAGCUGGGCGCCGCUGUCGGCGCGGCGCAGCAGCAGCAGCAGGCUGCACAGGAGGGAAGGCGGCGCCGGCAUGGAAGCGGCGGGAGCGGGAGCCGAAACGGGAGCCGCAGCGGCAGCGGCAGCCGGAGGGGUAGCAGGAGCAGCGGUGGUAGCGGGGGCGAGGAGCCGCCCGGUGCUCACGCUGGCGGCGGCGGCAGGGGUGAUGUAGCGGGUGUAAGGCCGGCAGCGGAAUCGCUGAAAGGGGUGCCGCCGAGCAGCAGUUCGACUAGCUUCGCGACGACCACGCCGACUAGUAGCUCGGGCAGCACCCCCGGGAGGAGGGGCAUACGGGGGGGAGGGGUACCGGCCGGCAGAGGCACCGUGGAUCGUCAGCACCAGCAGCAUCAACAGCCUCACUGAUUGUGAAGGGAUACGUGUAGCAGCAAGCACUUGGUUCGGUUCGUUUUACGGGUACAUGAUGUAGUGUUAUGCAGUCGUUGACGAAAAUCGAUUCACGGAACCCCGGGCGUUGGGUGGGGUUGGGGGUGUUCUAUGCCCGUAGGACCGCGUGGCUUGGAAUGGAAGUGGAAUGGAGUGGAAUGGAGUGGAAUGGAGUGGAGUGCACGGAUCGAAAAAAAAAGUAAAAUUGUGUAUCCUACGGCCUUAUCUAGAUUUUUUUUUUUGCAGGGCGGGGGUGUAUUUUGGACAGCUGGGCAGAAAGCCCGCUCCUCGCAAUUUGCGCCGUGACGGCUGCGACAGGGCCGGGGGCACGGAGUUGCUUCCAUCCUCGAACCCCCCCCCACCCCCCCACCCCCCCACCCCCGUACUGAGGCUUUGCUUGUUAAGUUCAUGCCUCGGUACUCGCGCGAUUUAUUCGCUUUUAGAAGAGCGAGCGAGGACGUUGCAUAUUGUGGUGUGGUGUUGGCAGGCAGGAAGACGCUGCAUGUGUGGAAUGAUGUAGUUGUUUUUCGGCAUGGGAACAAUCGUGCGUGCGUGCGCGCCAAUCCGUGUGAGUAGUAGCUUAGCAUCCGAGACGUUUGCGAUUGGACAGGCCGGGGGAACGCGCGUGGUUUGUAUCCCCGGUGGUCCACAUGCGGCUGAGAGUGCGUGACGUUGGCAAUUCGCCGCAUUGUGUUCUAUUGUAACAUGCCGUGUAGAACAAUAGGUGAGGACAUUAAAUGUUUAGGGCGCCUACGAUGUUGGAUAGUGCAGGAGGAUGUGCGUGCUUUUCAGCUGCGUUGGGCGUUUUAUGGGAGUGCUUGCACCCGCCCCGCCCCCUGUUUGUGCGGUGCCCGAAGUUGGAAUUUGUUGCCCCUUGUUGCCGCUGCAGCAUGUGUUGCUUCGCGCAGCAGCAGCAGCA